UUAAAUAUCAAGUGAGCAGGAGUUGUACAGGAUCAGUUCCAGCUGUGGAAGUGCUGAUACACAUCCUCUGGGAUGUGAGGAGUGCUUGGAGUCUUUCCAAUGCCACCCUCUUGCCACAGCAGCAAGGCAGAUGUGACAGCAUCUUCCUGAUUUUUGAGUCCAACAUGUUAUGAAAGCACAUUGGGUAAAAACUGAGGGCAAAAACUCCUUCUCUGCCCUGUAACAAUAAAUAUGUAUGAGGAUUCUUGAUGUGUGUGUGAGGAUUCUCAUGCUCGACCCAUCAAGUCCUUCUGUUUGUGGUCUUAAGAAUACAGAAAAAAAGAGGAAUCUUCAUUUAUUAUAUGAAUAUUGGUGGUGGAUGAGAGAGUGAUGGGAAAUAUUUUUGCUCCCUCAUACCCUAAUCCCUCAAGAGUUUUGGAACAAUUAAAGAGGGAGGUUUCCUUUCCCCCAAGUUUUUGUUCUUGCCAAAAUUGCUGUUUAGUCCCCUAAAUUCUUUACUAUUACUUUAUGGGGCUAAUAAAGCAGCGUCAAAUUACAGUGUGAGUUGGGUAAGGAGAAAUGAGAUGCUGCAGGAAGUUCCUUGAAUUUGAGGAUCUUUCCAUAGUCAGAAGAAUGAGGAUUAUUUUUCAGAAGAUAGGAGAACAACCUGAGGAUUCCCUUCCAGAAUUCCAAGAGCUACCUGGGGGCAGGAUACCUGGCAUACAUCAUUUUAUGACAGGAUUGGGUAGAAUUCCUCAUUUUUCUCGUCCUUGUUAAGAAGGACUGUGGCAAAUUGGGAUGACAUGGAAUCAGGAAUGUGGCCCAUGAUUUUGCACCUUUCCCUAGAAAUAUGCUGGUGUACACACCAAGGAUGUGUGCAGAAUCAGGAGCUGGACUUCUUCAUAAGACCAAGAUCCCCUCAGUUUUAUUUCUGUUGUUGUGCCUGGAGAAAUUCCUAUGAUCUAUGCAUCCUUAAUACUCAUUUUAUCUGUUAACAGCAUAUGCAGUUUUAGCUUAUAAAGUGGCACAUUUUAAAUUUUUUAAUUUGGUACUUGCAAAUAGGAGAAUUUACAGAAUUAAAUGUACCAAAAGCAGAGUUUAAACAAAGAGUGAGUUGCUAAAGGAACACAAACCUUGUGAUGAGAUGGUUUGGUGUUGGUCAUGCUGUGUGACAGUGUGUGGUGGUGCUUGGGAGGUGGCCUGAGGUAUGAAUGCUUUGGAUGGAUUGUUAAGGUCUGAGAUGGAGGGAUAUGAAAAGGGGAUGCUGGGAAAGAUUAUCGGGACAACAAAGCAAUAGAUACACUGUUGGAGAGGCCUUGCUGAAUAAAGUCACUAUUACAUGGCAUCUCUGUUCAAAAUCUUACAUGUAAAGAAAGGUUGAUGGUAGCUUGGAGUGUAGCCUGUGUUUCUGCAGAAAUUCAACUUUAGUUGUGGAUUUUAAUUUAUUUUUAAUUUUCCAUUUCUUAAAGUAUAAUUUGCAUUCAUUUUUAAUGUAAUUUCAUAUUCAUCAAGAUUAACAUAUAAAUAACUCUAUUGCACCACCAAACAAUAAAGGGAACAAAGUGACACAAAAUAAAUCUCAUUUUACUGCAACCCAAAAUUGGUUUUGUGGCUUUUUAGGGCUUGACUCCCAGGGCAAUUGGCAGCAUAGCUGUUGGGGAGUAACUGAGUGGCUGCAUCUGUGUGAUGGAACUCCCUGAGGCUGGUAUUAUGUUCCUGAGCAGGAACAUUGUCUUUUUAAAAGUAUAAUAUUCUAAAUAAUGACUGUACUUUUUAAGUACAUGAGACAGAGGAAAUGGAAACCACCUUGGUGCUGAAUGAGGAGAACAGUUUUAAUAAACUUGUCUGCAUCAACUUCAUAUUGAUUUGUUUGUCUUAAUUUCUGUGAAUGACUCUACGUGGGCAGGUCAGUGAAAAUGGAAGUGAGCUGCAGCAAAGGUGGAACGAAUCCUGGAUGUUGGCAUGUGUGCUCUACUUACUGCCUCAUUAUUGAAUCAAUUAUUACUAUCAUUAUUUGAAUCUCUAAAAACACAUGGAUCUUAAUGUCUGCUCGUAUUUGUGCAUGUGAAUGUCACAGGUCUUUGCUUCCUGUGCUGUGAAAUGCAGAAUGAGAGGAUGACUCAAACAAGGGCUCCUCGGUGCUUGAAUGAACAAGUUCCUAUUUUACUUUGUAGUUAAAACCUCGGUGCUGAUUCACUUUCCGAGAGACAAAGCAAGUUGCCCUUUGUUUUGGUUUCAUAGUUAGGUAUUUUUAUUAUGAUGGCGUUACUUUCAAGCUUGUCUGCCAGAGGAAUUAAAGGAAAACAAAAAUGGGCAAUAGCAAGUCCAGGUUAAGACUCCACAGUGCCUGGGUGUUGUCUCCACCCUGUAACAGGUGUAUCUGCUCCCUCUUCCUUCUCCCACUGAAAUGUGCAAGAAGACAUCGUCCUCUGCAAGCUCAGAUCUCUCUUGCCUGUUGUGUUUUAGGGUUCAGCAGUGUUAGGUGUUGUCCAGUGUCUCUUUGAAGAGGGCAAUAUCACUGCAACAUCCUCUGGCUCCUUCUCAGCCACAUCCUUCCCUCUGCAGCAUCUUUCACCCAGGCCUGCAUUUCUUUAGCACCUCUUUGUUCCUGCUCUGGAUAUCUCAUAAGCUGCCUAGAAAUUUGCUUUUUCCAGAGUUUCAGCUGAGGGCUUUGCAGGCAAGCGCUACUUCUUCAUAUGCUGAAUAUUUGACUGACCAGAUCUGGCAGCAGUGGCCCCAUCAGUUCUUGGCUGCAGUUAUUUCUGAAUGCAGGAGCAGGAUUUUCAGGUUUGCAAUAGUCCUCCUUAUGUCUGAGCAGAGACACAGAAUGGAUAAUUCAUCUAUUUAUCUAUCCUGAUUUAUCUGUCAGUGACCUCUGUUCUGAAGAUGCCAUGAAUAGUGAGAAGUCUUGUAUUUGAAAGUAGCCCAGUAAAUUGAAGUGAGAAUGAGUACCAAAAUGCAUGGCAUUUGAAGAAGGGAGCAAGAGGGUUACACUGUCCUCAGAACAGAAUUAAGAAGCUGCAAAAAUGAGAGAAUCCCAUUUUCUGAAGAUAUAGAUCUUUGACAGUUUAAGGAGAAGUGGUAAGAACUUUUAAUGUACCAUCUGCUUCUUGAAUCUUCAAGACCAGGUGUAUCACUUUGGGCUGAAACUCCUUCUUGCUCAGUGUUCAGUCUCUAACCAAUGGCUGAAAUUUAAACUGCCUUAAAACUCCUCAAGUACCUUCCCUGCCCUGUUUAGAACCAGGUUUCAUGAGCCAGAGAUGGCAUCUAGAUUGAGUGGCUCUUGACUUUUGUUUUUUCUGUGAACUUGUCUGAAAACCAUCACUUUGUGGAAAGCAACACGUCCAUAAAUUUUAAUUCAUUUAAAGACCAAUUCAAAGACCAAUUUCAUCUUGCAUUCAAAAAUGUUUGAGUUACUUUCUCUCUAGUUCUUAUUGUGAACUUUAUCUGUGUGAGAAACAGAGAUAAUCAGAUUCGAGAUCUCAGCUGUGUUUUAGCCAUCAUUUAAUUUCUGGUGGCCUCUGUGCAACCUUAGUGUCUGGAACGUCUCCUGAGAUGGUUUCUUAAUGCUUUUCAGCAGUUGUGUUUUCUGAGUAUGUUUUCAGGAUCUUUGCUACUGUGCUUUCACAAUCCUUACUGCUUUUUAAAAGUAGCUUCACUGUAUCAAAUGGGUGCUAUUAAAUGUAAUUAAAGUAAUUUUAAGUGGUAAUUUUUGGAAAGCUUUUUAAAAUGGUCAAAUAAUCCUGUAGCAGAACCUGUCUUCACAGAAGACAGGAUCCUAACAAUGGCCCAUUUCUAGCAUCAUGCUUUGAUUUUACCAUGGAUUGUAUUCAAAUUAUUAUGAAGGAGAUUUAAAUGGGGGAAAAAAUCUCUCACCUUUCUUGAUUUCAUGCUUAAUUUUCACAGCAGGGGUGAGUUACUUCUAUUUGCAUUUCAAGGUUUUAUUUUUGGAUGUGUCUUGUCUACUCUUGGCAGACAAACACUGAGCCAAGGAGUAAAAUAUGAAGGUUUAACAGGGAGGGAGUUAUUAUCCAAAUGGAGCCUUCUGCUAGAGGUGUCAACGGAGACAAAGGUUUCUGUCUUCCACCUUGUACAUAAGUGGGAUCUCUGUGCUGGAACAAGAUAAUGUCUUCAACUCAUUGAAGGAAAGGGACUAUUUGUUCACACUUAUGAUGAUUUGACACAAUUAAUGUCUUAAUAACCAUGAUGGCAACACAGACAUUAAGUAUAGACAACUAUCAAGAUGGACAACAGAUGCAAGUGGUAACAGAGUUAAAAACUGAACAAGAUCCCAACUGCUCUGAAACUGAUGCCGAAGGGGUGAGUCCUGCCCCUGUGGAAUCUCAGACUCCAAUGGAUGCAGACAAGCAGGCCAUUUACAGGCACCCACUAUUUCCCUUGUUAGCACUAUUAUUUGAAAAAUGUGAACAAUCUACACAAGGCUCAGAAGGCACAACUUCUGCCAGUUUUGAUGUAGAUAUUGAAAACUUUGUAAGGAAGCAGGAAAAAGAAGGAAAACCCUUUUUCUGUGAAGAUCCAGAAACUGAUAAUUUAAUGGUAAAAGCAAUCCAAGUUCUGCGUAUCCAUCUGCUGGAGCUGGAAAAGGUUAAUGAACUCUGCAAGGAUUUCUGUAGUCGUUACAUUGCCUGCCUGAAGACAAAAAUGAAUAGUGAAACUCUGUUAAGUGGAGAGCCUGGAAGUCCUUAUUCACCUGUGCAAUCUCAGCAAAUUCCAAGUGCCAUUGCAGGCACACUCAGUCCCCAAGGGAUCGUGGUGCCAGCAUCAGCAUUGCAGCAGGGAAAUGUAACUAUGGCAACAGUAGCAGGGGGGACAGUGUAUCAGCCAGUCACUGUGGUCACUCCACAAGGACAAGUGGUGACACAGGCACUGUCACCUGGGACUAUUCGGAUCCAGAACUCUCAGCUCCAGUUGCAAUUAAACCAAGAUCUAGGCAUCUUGCAUCAAGAUGAUGGCUCAUCAAAAAAUAAGAGAGGAGUUCUUCCCAAGCACGCUACAAAUGUGAUGAGAUCUUGGCUUUUUCAGCACAUAGGGCAUCCAUAUCCAACAGAGGAUGAGAAGAAGCAGAUUGCAGCACAAACAAAUCUGACACUACUCCAGGUUAACAAUUGGUUUAUCAAUGCUAGAAGGCGAAUUCUUCAGCCAAUGCUGGAUUCCAGUUGUUCUGAAACUCCAAAAACAAAGAAGAAAACAGCCCAGAACCGACCAGUCCAGAGGUUCUGGCCUGACUCCAUUGCCUCAGGAGUUGCUCAGCAGCAAUCGAACGAGCUCACGAUGUCAGAUGGUGCUGUCGUGACCAUCACAGCCCCAGUGAACAUGAAUGUAGACAGUCUGCAGUCCUUGUCCUCGGAUGGUGCCACCCUGGCUGUGCAGCAGGUGAUGAUGGCAGGGCAGAGCGAGGACGAGUCCGUGGACAGCGGUGAGGACGACGGCGGAGACCUCUCGACAGCGAACAUCAGUGGGCUGGUCCUGGAUAACAGCGACUCUCUGCAGUAGGAAGCCAGAGAGCCUGGAGAAAAAACACUUAGGAAAAAGAAUGGACUGACUGACUGACUUUUUAUAGUUUGCACAGCAAACAUUUUACACAAGUUUUAUUUCUAAUAUGUUUUAUAUGUAGAUAUAGAAGGGUGCACUUUUUUGUAUUUCAUAGUAAGCUUAAAGAGUGUUUUUGCAGGUGCAGCAACUUCUUUCAAAUGUGUUUUGGUUUGUUUUUUUUUUCUUUGGUUUGUUUUUUUUUUCUUUGUUUAUUUUCCUUUCCUUAUUUCAGAAAAUUAUAUCUAGUAAUAUAAAGAACCACGUAAGCACCCCUUUGUUCUCUGGAUUGGAAGUGCUGCAGUUUCUGAUGAAUUAUGCAGUUUCAAUUAGUGCUGUUAUUUAACACAGCUUUUGAUGGGCAGGUGAUGUAAAUUUAAAGCAUGUGACACUAGUGCGUGAAACUUGAUUAUUGAGUUAGAUUCAUAUAUUUGAAAGAUGCUUCUGCACCUUAAAAACUGCUAGUCUGAGGUGGACAGCAACACACAUAAAAAGGAACUGUUGAUGUGUGAUUCAGUAGAGAAUGUAUGGCAAUUUAAAUAAGUUUAGUUUCUCUCAUAGUCCGUGAGCCUGUUUAUCAUUUGCUAUAAAAACUCCUAUUUUUACCUUGCUGGGGUUAUUGGAUAAAAAAAAAAAAAUAUUUUUAUAAAUUCACUAAAAAUUGGGAUGACAACUGUAUUAAGCAGGAGUAAAAAAAAAAUAAUUUCCAGAGGGGAAAAAUAAAUGUUUAGUAUUCCUAUUUGGAAGGUCUGAAAAUUGACCCAAUUUAAUAAACAAGCCUACAGUAGCAUUCUAUGAUUCUCAGCUAUCCCACAGUGAUAUACUAUAUUUGAUAAUAGCAUAAGAAGGGCCCACUGUUUGAUGGGAUUUUGAUAUUGUCAAACAUUGAUUUAUAUUAUGUGUAAACUAAUAUUCAAAUUGCAUAACUCUGUAUCUAGACUUGUAUCUGAAAAUAUUUGCUAAAUGAGUAUUCAGGUAAGUAAGUUCAAAUACCCACAAGUUUUCCAAUUAUUAGAGAAAUUUAACAGUUUAUAGUUUGUACAACUGAAUCUAAAAAAAUGAAAAGUUGCCUACUAUACAGUCAUGAAUUCUGCUAUUUUAUUGCAUUUGAAAUAUUUUCCCCUAAUACAAAAAGAAAAAUAUAACAUGGAUUUAUAUAAAAUUUCUUCAGAUCUGAAGUUUACUACCAGAAUAUACAGCAGGCUUUGUUAGAGUAGGAAAUCCUUGUGUGUCAUUUAAAAAACAAAGAGCUGGAGAUAAAAACA